UAGCUGGCACAAACGACAGUCUCGCCUGACCCUUGACUUUGAAAUUUGUAAACAAAUCAUCUAGGCACCAGGUAAUUAUUACAACUAAAUGAGUUUCCGAAAGGUACGCUAAAAUACGAUUUUACCCACUUUUGUCUUGAUAUUCAGUCUACUCUAAAUUACUUAGUAGCCUACUUACGGUAUACCUUACUUUGCUACACUCUCAGUCACUACUAGGAUUGUUAUUGUCGGACUAGACCCAAGCCCAAGAAAUGUGAAAAUGCGAUAUUUCAUCAAGCUCAAGUUAUGAACGUACGGCGCAUUGCGGUACCCGGUAAUAUGAUCUCGACAUUCGAUUUGGUACCCAAUAAGACCAUUAUUACCCUUAAUGAACUUUGGCAUAGAGGAAUAUGUGUCUUACCAUAUGUCAUAUGUGAAUGUGUUUUUAAGAAGCAGGGGGCAAUAACACAAGCCACAGGCAGACUGGGAAUCAUGAGUCGUAGUCAAAUCACGCUCGCCGGGCAGUUAUACUUUGCAAUACUCCCAGCAAGGACCAGGGUUAUAUUAAAUUAUUAUAAUAAUAUCAAGUUAAUAUAAGUUUAAGAGUUAAGAUAAUAAGUUAUCCAUCAAUUAUGUAUACAAAUCCAAAAAUUAAAAUCCAUUGCCAUGAAAUUGAUUUGCAUCAAUCAAUUUUUUUAAACUGCUACCACUCCACAUGCUGUCAGUGUCAUGGUAAGGCCAAUUAUCUCUUUCCAUUUAUUAUUAUUUAUAGAAAGAGCCCAUCACUUGCACUCCACUAGCAAAGGAAGGGACUAGGAGGGUGGCAUUUAAAAAAAUGUAUGUGACCAGGGCGGCAGCGCAUUUUUAGUACACAGCAACCUGAAUAAAUAAAUACAGGUAACUUAUGACACAGUCCUCUCAGUACAUCCCUUUAUUUUUUCCCAUGAAUUAUUACUUAUUAUUUGACACUAGAAGACAAAAGCUAGCAUCGUAGUCAUCAAAGAGCAGCAUUUGACAGAUUGUAGUCCCAUGUUGUCUUUUAGUGAUGUCAGGUUGACAAGUUGUUGUCUUUUCUUUUACUGAAAAUUAUUUGAAAAAAAGAGGUAGAGGCUCUGCUAUAACUAUAAGUGUGUGAAAGAAACAUAAGGAAGCCAACAUGGAACGAGGUUCCACUUCUUUUAAAUAUGUCAAUUUUGAGUCCUGUUUAUAUAAGAUUUAAUAUUUCGCUUUCUUUGUUAAGAAAACAAUUAACUUUUUAAUUAAAUCAAUUUUUAAAAAUUAAAAGUGUUUGAGUACCAAAUAGGCCUAAUGCUUGUAAAAAUGAAUUUUUUGUAAUUGCAAUUAUGUUAGAAAUGUUAAGAUUCGAUAACUAUAAUAAUAAUUAUGUAUUAAAGCAUUUGGAAAGUAAAAUCUUCUAAUUCUAAAUCUGACUCUCCUUCGCACUGUGGCUAUGUAAUUGUAAUGUGUGGAUGACACUAAAUGAAUUUAAUUAAUAAAUUGAGUCAGAGUGCCAAUUAUUUCUUAAUAUGUGCUAAUUUUUUUUUUUACUGCAAUGAUUUGAUUACCACUGAAUACUGCGGUAGUAUUUUAAACUAGAAAUUAGACUAAAAUAAUGUAGGUCCCCUUUUCAUUACAUACAUUUAACAAUAAUUAUAUUUGAAUGAUUGUAGUUUUCAAUUCAAUAGUUGCACAAAAUGAACUUGAGAUACUUAUUUCACUUUAUUGAUUCUCUUUCGAUUUCAGAUUUUAUUUCAAAGUAAUAAAAGAUUUCUAUUAAUAUGCAGAUGGCAGCAAAUGUUAAAGGCAUAUUCACAGGGCACAUUUUGAUUAAAUUGAACUCGUUAAACUUUUGUCACAUGAUCCGUGUGACAGGUAAAGCAUCAAAAGCUAUCUUAAGCUCUUUUCAACAUAUACGUUUAUCAAGCCAAUGGAAGUACAAUAAAGUUUCUGAUAUCACGAGUAGAUAUUGGUUUUGGAAAAACAGUAAAACUUUUAGUUUAUAUAGAUCCAACUUUUGCUAUGUUUCACAUCAAAUGCUGUCAACCAUUGAGGAGAAAGAAACCACAAUACAGUUUAAGGAAUCCACUGUGUGUCUUAUUUUUGACCAAACAGAUAUUCUUAUAAGUCAAACAACAUUCAAAGAUGCUAAGGCAUUAGCUAAAACAAACAAUUCAAGACUUGUCUAUCUCAACAAAAAUAAGGAUGGACUAUCAUGCUUUAAGUUGCAGCCACUAACCAUUUCACCAACACGAUUUCCUCCUAAAUUUCCAACGGCGCAGACACCACCAACCCAUAAAAAGCAUUUAAACGAAGAUCCCACAAAGGUGUUUAAAAUAAAAUCAUCUAUAAAGGAUCAUGAUCUGAACAUCAAGAUAGCAAAAAUUAAAACAUUACUAACCAAAGGAUCUCUUGUCAAAGUUAUUAUUCAGCACAGACAAAAUGAGGUUUGUAAUAAUUUUCCAGUUUUUAUCCUAUUUUGUAACAAAGUUAGUUAAAAUAUUUAGAGGCUAAUAAUUUUUAAUAACUCUGUAAUGAAAUUGUCUCUUAUGAAUAGCUUUACUGUAAUAGAAUAAUAAAAUAAAUAUUCAAACUGCCAUUUGUAGUUUUGAAGUUUGCUAUAAAUUGUUUAUUUGCCUGCAAACUUUAACAUAAUAAUAAUAGUAACUAAUAGUAAGAGCCAAAUAAGUACCCGGUACCUCACAAUUAAUAUUCAAGAGCCAUACAAAUAAUUUAAAAAAUAAGAACAUUUUAAAUUAAUAUUAAACAAUGUUAUAUUAAUUAGAUAAUUAUUAAAUAAGUGUAAGACAUUGCAUUGUGGGUCUUGUAGUGCAGACAAGUUACUUAAACUUAAAUGUGAUAUAAAAAUUAUGUAAUUUAAACUGUGAUAAUUUCAUUUUCAAAUGGCUCAUAACCUGCUGUGCAAACCCCUGCAAAUCAAUGCUUCCAAAACCUUCAAUUGUGACAAUCAGCUAAAACUUAUCCACAUUGCAGUAUGGGGAGUGCCCAUUUAUGAUUGUUAUUUUAUGUUAUUUAGAAAUCUUCAACAUUUUUCUGAAAUGAGGGCUGCUCUGCAGACCACUACUUUUGAAAAGCAUAGCUUUAGAUAAGGCUGUAAAAGAAAUGAAUAGAUAAUUGCAUAUGUAUUUAUUUUUAUUUAAUUAAUUUGUUUCAAAUUAGAUAGAUCUAGAUGAAUUCUAACUUUUAUGAUUUAAUUAUAAUUUUGUUUUUACAGGUGGAAAAGGUUAAAUUAGACUUAUCAAAUAAAUUGACAGAGGAACUAACCAGUGUCAGUAAAAUAAGACAAGACACAAGUAAUAAAGGAACUACACAGUUUUCAUUGAUGCCAUUAGAGCAAAACCUUCAGAAAAACUGAAUGAGUUGUUAUUUUUGUGAAACAGGGCGAAAAACAGAUUAGAGAAUGGCAUAUGAAACAUAUUUCCGAAUGUUUCAAAUCAGCUGUCAUUGUUAAGUGUUAUAAACUCCAUUGCAACCGGAUUCCAUUCAUUAUAAUUAAUUUUAAAAAGAACAUUCCCAAAAAAGUGGCUUAAGUUUUAAAUUGUUUAAAUUUAAAUUAGAACUGCAAUGAAAUAUAUAUAACUUGUUUGCAAUUUGAAAGCUAAAGAAAUAAAAAAUUUGGCCCUAUGUUAAAAAAGAGCUUGCCAACCAGUACAGUAUUAUACUGUCUACCACUACCACAAAAAUUCAGCACUUCCCUUUCUUUUUGGCUUUUACUUUGACAUGUGUACUACCUUCUGAAUGAUGGUGUAUGAGUGAAGUUUCACUAGUAGCAGACCUUAAGGUGUAUUCAUUUUCAUUAAUUUUAGGUUCCUAACUAUUUGAUAUUUCAUGAUAUCCAUAAAUAUUUAGCUGCCAAUUAAAUUUUAAUUCACGAUAAAAUUUUACGAUAAUAAUUAUAAAUCGAUAUGAAAAAGGCCUGUGGACAAAUGAAAAUUCAAAGGGACAAAAGAUUUUUAAAAUGUGUCCCUGGUUAUUACUUUUUUAUGAUUAGCUGAAACAUAUUGACAUAAAUAAAUGAUAUAAUAUAAGCCUGAUACAAAAUUAUCUUCCUAGUUAAGCCUGAAGCCUCCAUUUGAAGUCAAAUCUUGUUUGGGGUGAAAAAAAAGUAGCAGACAGUGGUGUAAGUGUAAUGAAAGACAAUGCAAGUUUUUGUAGAUUUACACUUAAAUGAGUUUAAAAAAAAGUUCCGGGCAGUGUGUCUGGAGGAAGCGCAGUGCUAUGUACUUACCGCUUUGUGCUAUCUCAGGUUUUGUGGCAAAAGACCUAGUAGUGAAUGAGUUGAUUGAAUGUCAUGCACAGAUUGAGAACUAUUUCUGCUACUGCUAAUGGUUUUGAGAAAGAGUUAUCAAAGUCCAAGCCCAAUGCCAGAAUCUGUCUAAUCAGCCACCUGCGCAUCCAAUGCCAAGUUCAGAAUAAGCACAUUUGCAAUAAAAAAAGUGGUCAUGGUUGAUGUGGACAGACGAACCAUGUGCUUUUCUAAUAUUUAACAUAUUUCCACUUUUAUUUUUGCCAUUAAAAUUAAACCCUUCCUAUCCCUUUCAAUGAUUUAAAGAGUCUUUAUUGCCAGAAAGUGCAAACUGUUGUAAGCCUAAGUUAAGAGGGGUCUCAGGUAAUGUUGCAUAACAUAUGCUAAAUAUCUUGAAAUAGUUGGCUGUGGUGUAGAGGUCAAUAAAAGAUCACUUUAGCCAUGACAUGAAGAAAGUCUGUCAUUAAGAAUAAAUAACCAUUACAUCGUUUUGUUUAAUUAUUAUUUGUUUUAAUUAAGGUGAAUUAGUUUUUAUGACUCGGUAUUGAGAUGUUAUUAUUUAUGAAUAAGUGUUCAUUAAAAUUACUAACUGUAUAUUGGAAACUACAUAUCAUCUUUAGAGAUUAACAUGUAACCAUAUAUUUCUAGAAAAAAUGUACAUGAAAAAUACUAGAAAUUCUCUUCUUGAAAUACUUGGCAGUAACAAGUGAAGUACCAGUAACUAUAUUCUGCAUAUCCAAUAACCUACCACAAUUUGACCCAAUAAUUUCAAUUUAAAAUUAGGAAACGUGCAGUUUUGCAGAUGUUAUUUUUACAAAAAGUAGAGUUACUUAUAAGAAUCACCAGAAAACAAGUCACCAGUACAAGAGAUGGUAAU